CUCGGACAAAUCACCGCUAGAAAAAUUUUAAAUAAUAAAAAGAAACAGAGAAGGGGGAAAAAAAAAAAAAAAAAAAAUCAACCAUGCCAUUGUUUUUCUCUCGCUCUCCUCCAGAAGUGGAAAUCUAGAAUCCUUUUAUCUCCCUUUUCAUUUCCCUCCACAGAUCUCCAAAUUCCCUCUUUUAGUUUUUUGUUUUACCCCCAACCCUAACAUUUUUCGUUCAAUAUUUAAAUUAUUUUUAUCUAAUCCAUCUGUAUAUCCAUUUCUACUAUUUUUCUUCUUCUUUCUCCCUCUUCGUCAUCUCUCAGUUUCUCUCGAUAACUCACUGAUCAAUUUUUCGCUGUCGAUGCUUCUAGAACCUUCACGAACAUUCUCCAGAACCUUCGCCUGACUUUCUAACUCUUCAUGGACCAGCAUCAGUCCUACCAUGCCUGAGCUGCGUAGCAGACCACGCAGAAAUCGGGCAUCAAACCGGAACCCUAAACCCGACCACAACAACGACAACAACAACAACCCAAUCGGCAAUCCGAUUGCCGAACAGCGUCAAGAGCAGGAGCCGCCGCGGGACCUGACCGACGCACGACCUCGCCGGGGAAGAGGAAGAAGGCCGGCGCAGGGGAAUAACAGAGGGAAGACGAACGCGAUUGGCGCUGCGAUUCGCGAGACGACGCUGGUUAAGCGCGAAGAAGAGGAGGAGGAUAGGGUUUUGAGGGAAGGUGUCGGCGAGAGAGGCAUGGACGAGUACGAUAGUGGCGGUCGGAGCGGCGAUAAGGGCGCCGCCGCCGAGGAUGAGGGCAGCACAGCUCCUCUCCCUGAGAAGGUCCAAGUUGGUGGUUCUCCAUUGUACAGAAUAGAAAAGAAAUUGGGAAAAGGAGGCUUUGGACAGGUUUAUGUUGGUAGACGUGCUAGCCCUACAAAUUUAAAUGAAAGAACUGGCCCUGGAGCUCUAGAGGUAGCCUUAAAGUUUGAGCAUAGAACUAGUAAAGGAUGUAACUAUGGACCACCAUAUGAAUGGCAAGUUUACAAUGCGCUUGGGGGUAGUCAUGGAGUGCCGCGAGUUCAUUAUAAGGGCCGCCAGGGUGACUACUACGUCAUGGUCAUGGAUAUGCUUGGACCUAGUUUGUGGGAUGUCUGGAAUAACAAUUCUCACACGAUGUCGAUAGAAAUGGUGGCAUGCAUUGCAAUUGAGGCGAUUUCUAUAUUGGAAAAGAUGCACUCUAGAGGAUAUGUACACGGGGAUGUGAAACCUGAGAAUUUUUUGCUUGGCCCCCCUGGAACUCCGGAAGAGAAAAAGCUGUUUCUUGUUGACCUUGGCUUGGCUACUCGGUGGCGAGAUAGUUCAACAGGCAAUCAUGUUGACUACGAUCAACGGCCUGAUGUUUUCAGGGGAACGGUGAGGUAUGCUAGUGUGCAUGCCCAUCUUGGUAGAACUGGCAGUAGGAGGGAUGAUUUGGAAUCUCUUGCUUACACGCUUGUAUUUCUUCUCCGUGGCCGCUUGCCUUGGCAAGGAUAUCAGGGGGAGAAUAAAGGAUUCCUUGUCUGUAAGAAGAAGAUGGCUACUUCUCCAGAAGCUCUGUGUUGCUUUUGUCCACAGCCUUUCCGACAGUUUGUUGAAUAUGUUGUGAAUUUGAAGUUUGAUGAAGAACCUAACUACGCUAAAUAUAUCUCCCUUUUUGAUGGGAUUGUUGGUCCAAAUCCAGAUAUUAGGCCAAUAAAUACCGAAGGUGCUCAGAAGCUCAUAUGUCAGGUUGGGCAUAAGAGAGGACGAUUGACCAUGGAGGAGGAAGACGACGAACAGCCAAAGAAGAAGAUUCGUAUGGGAAUGCCUGCAACACAAUGGAUUAGUAUUUAUAAUGCUCGUCGGCCUAUGAAGCAAAGAUAUCAUUACAAUGUUGCAGAUUCGAGGCUGUCCCAACACAUUGAAAAGGGAAAUGACGAUGGGUUAUUUAUCAGCAGUGUUUCUUCUUGUUCCAAUCUUUGGGCUCUUAUCAUGGAUGCUGGCACUGGUUUCACAGCUCAAGUUUAUGAGCUCUCUCCAUAUUUUCUUCAUAAGGAAUGGAUCAUGGAACAGUGGGAGAAGAAUUUUUAUAUCAGCGCAAUAGCAGGAGCCAGUAACGGAAGUUCGUUAGUUGUAAUGUCCAAAGGGACCCAGUAUUUACAGCAGUCCUAUAAAGUGAGUGAUUCAUUUCCGUUCAAGUGGAUUAAUAAGAAAUGGAGGGAGGGAUUUUAUGUUACUGCCAUGGCCACUGCGGGAAGUAGGUGGGCAAUUGUUAUGUCUCGAGGCGCAGGCUUCUCUGACCAGGUUGUGGAAUUAGAUUUUCUGUAUCCAAGUGAGGGUAUUCACAGAAGAUGGGAUGGUGGCUACCGCAUCACCGCAACUGCGGCAACUUGGGACCAGGCUGCUUUUGUACUUAGUGUGCCAAGGAGAAAACCAGCAGAUGAAACUCAAGAGACACUCCGCACUUCUGCUUUUCCUAGUACACAUGUCAAGGAGAAAUGGGCAAAGAAUCUUUAUAUUGCAUCUAUUUGCUAUGGCCGAACGGUCUCGUGAGCUGCCAAAGUUUUUCCUGUGAAUCUGCUGACAUGAUUUUAAUCACUCACGCCUGCUUUUAGUUAUCAUUUAAUGCUUUGGAAGCGAAGGUUCUCUCGUGGCAAAUCAAUUGGUCAUGGCAUAUGCGAGUUGAUGUAUGCUAAAUUCUUCUUUAUUGUUUCCAUCACAUAGAUAUCUUACAAGCACCUGUGCACUGUCGUUCAAUUUUCUGGAAAAUCUGAGCUGGUUUUGAUCUGUCCACCUAUUGGCUGGGCUCAUUUCACUAAUGUUGAAAUGUUGUAUAUUAUAUUAACAAUAGUUUCUCGGUUGAACUUUGAAGGCAUGUGCACAGGUCAUAUUGUCAUUAUUGAUGUAUUCUGGGAAACAUUAAAGUAUGAUUUGCAGUGUAUUCUGGACAUUCUAAGCCAUUCAUCCCGUAUUUAGGGGGGUUUUUUUUUUUUUCCCUAUUCUUUUCUUUUCUUUUCUUUUCUUUUUAUCUCCCUUUUGCAUCUUGUAUGGACAUUGAAGAUACUUGAUGUCUGAGUUUGACCUCAAAAGCAGAAAGCAGUUGUAUACUUCGGUGUUAAUUUUAAGGCUAUAUUUUUAUUUAUGAA